AUGCAGGCCUCCCGCCUCGCGCUCCGCAGAGCGCCUCGCCGACCCUUGCGCCCGCCCAGCCUUUCGCUCCAGUCGCCCGCCUCGCGCCCCUUCACCCACAACUCGCAACUCCUCAUCCUCGCGCGCUCUGUGGGGCCGCGCCCGCAGCUGCCCUUCCUACAUCCUCCGUCCGUCGCCAAUGCAUCGCUGCGCCGUCGCCAGCCCAUCGGCCAAUGGCAGAUUGCGCGCCUUCUGACCACCGAACGCAAGAAGUACAUCAAGGAACAGGUGUGGCUGGCCGGGAAAUGGACCGCCUUCUUGUGGACCUCGGCCGGUCUUCUUUUCAUCGCCGCCUUUGGUGUGCAGAACGAGCUUCUUGAGCGCCAGACCCCCAGCCCGCGCGAAUGGAGCGCCAUCAGCCGGAUGAAUUAUCGCAGCGCGCGCGCCCAGGAGGACCCGGAAUUCUGGCCUUCGGGAAUGACGGAUUGGGCGAGCACUGGCAGCAUGUACAAGGAUGUGCUGGACCGCCUGGAGGACCCUAGCAUUGAUGGAGCCGGGACCAAGGACCAGGAUGAGGGCGGCCUGCUGGUCCCGGGUGUAGGAAAAGCAGGUCUGGAUGUCUCUGCCAAAAGCGAAGCGUGGCGACGCGGCUAUCAUGAAGUUUUGAUGGGCUGCGCCAAGGCCGCCGAGCAUCUGGAAGGUUGGGUCAAGGACACCACACGCCGCAUUAGCUUCCCGCCCGAAGUGGUUAUUGGACCUUCUAACCCGAAUCCCCGGCCUUGCCCUCCGUAUGCCCACGAGGCCCCGUUAGAGGAAAACUGCGUACCCGCCUUCGCGGGGCCGGAAACUUUCUACAUGAAGGUCAUCACCACCAAGGGUUUCUCGACAUCUCAGAGGCUUGAUGCCGCCCUUGCCUACGCUGAAUGGCUCGACACGCACGAUUUGCCUUCGAGCGCCGCCGAGAUGUACAAAUGGUCGUUCGACAUUGCCACUGCUGCCGUUGAAGACGCUUCAGACGUGGUUGACACUACUACUGGCAUCAUUCGCGACAGCCCUGGUGCUGCUGGUGUCUCUCCAAACAUCACCCGCGCCGCCACGGCUCUCGCUACUCACUAUGCUCGUCAGCAGGAGGUCAACAAGGCCCUCCCCAUCUUCCUGUCUGUGUUACGUGCUCGGCAUAACGCACCCCUGUCUCGAGGCACCGAUUCAUCCGCUUCGCUUUCUAGGCCGGCUAGUUCGGGAGUAGUUGGCACCCUACGCUCGAUCAUCAUGCCACCAUCCUACCCUCCGCCGCCUCCGACCGGCGACGAACCUCUCUCACGUACGCCUGGGACUAUCUGUGAUGAUGCUGCUUUGAAGACGUACAUUGGUGAGAUCCUCUUCGCGACCAGUUCAUCAUCGCGCGAUAAGGGGCUUUCCUGGACGCGGGAUGCAAUUGCCGAUGCAGAAUCCGGAGUCUCUCAGGACAACAACCUCAACGCGGGAGAGAAGGAGAGGUGUGCACAGUGCUUAGAGAUCGCGGUGGGGAAUCUGGAGAAGAUGGCUGGGGUAAUGGCCCGCGAAGAGAAGGCACAGAGAGAGGCGAAGAGGUCGAGUUGGUGGGGUGGCAAGCAAAAUGCGGCUGGUCCAGGAGAAUGGGAGACCGAGCAUAACAGCUUGCAAGAGAGGGUUCAGAAGCUGAAGCUGGAAGGGUUGAGGGAAAGGUUUGCGAGGGCCGGCAACGUCACGGGUGGCACGUGGAUAGGAUAG